AUGGCAGUUUAUGUACCAUUCAGCAUGUACCACGCCGUGGAUAUUGGAUUCCCUGCCGGCCCGGUGGUCAUUAUCCUCAUUCUUCUUGGGGUGGUUGUCGUAGCAUCCGACGGCCUUGAUGGUUGGCGGCAGCGAAGAGCCUUGAAGGGCAUCCCGAUCGUAGAUGAGGGUAGCUACAUGCGACCGCGGCUACGAUGGAAACGAUUCGAUGCGGAGAAAGAGUAUGCGAGCGCGUAUCAGCAGUACAGCAAAAUGGGUAAACCCUAUGCGACAAGGAUGCAGAAUGAUGACUAUGCCAUUGUGCUUCCUUUGAACUCAUCCAAAGAAUGGAGGUCUCUACCACACGAUAAGAUGAGCUUUCUUCAGGCCUUGGCAGAGUUUGCGGAUAUGAACAUGUACUGCGACAUCACAGACAGGACACCCAUAGAGGCGGUUCAUAAUUGCAAUAAUGCGGAAUCAUUGAACCACUUCAAUAAGCUACUAGCCCAGGAAGCAGAUAAAGCCUUGCCUCUGAUACUCGACCAACCAAACGGGAACAAGUGGAAGGAUUUGAACACAUUUCACACUAUUCUCUCCUUAUGCUCCAAAAUCACUAUCAUCUUGCUCCUUGGACCAGACAUCGCCCCUGACCCGGUGCUCCUCCACCAUUUGAUGUCUUUCGGCGAAAGCAUCAUGAGUAGCUGCUAUCGACGAACGGGAUAUCCGCGCAUCUUGCGGCCAUUUGUGUGGCACUUCUCACCUGUAUGCCGGAAUCUGAGAUAUCACCUGUCAAUUUUAAGAGAAAAGCUUGUUCCUGUGGUCGCGCGGCAAGUCACAGCCGCCCGAGCGGCGAAAACAAUCAACGACAUACGCCCAUAUUCGUUGUUGGACGCUUUGGUUACGGCUGCCUUCGAUAACGGCAGCUUGAGCCGAGAUGGCGAUUGCACAAAUGAGGCGGCACAGCUCCAGUUGUUGGCAGAUGAUCUCAUAUUCUACCAUUUCGAACUAUCUAAUCCAACCGCAUUCAACAUUAUCUUCCAGCUGUAUUCCAUCAUGAAUCAUCAAGAGUAUAUGGCUCCGCUCAGAGAGGAGGCACUUCAUGCUCUGAAGCUAACUGACGGUGACUGGACCGCUGAAACUCUGAAGCACGCCCCCAAGUUAGAAAGCUUCGCAAAGGAGACCUUUCGGCUGUAUGAUAUAUCUCCAUUGGUCAGCUUCCGCCGUGUCAUGAAACCUGUCACUUUAAACUCCAUCGGCCUGUCUCUUCGUCCCGGCACAAUCACUUUGUCUCCAUGUCGGGGUGUCCAUCUGGACCCUGAGAUCUAUGAAGAUCCGACCACCUUCGAUGGCUAUCGCUUUUACGACUCCGGCCGCGGCGUCUGCUCUCCACGCGUGGCAACCACCUCGCUGACUUUCUUGACAUUUUCUCACGGAGCGGGCUCCUGUCCUGCGCGGGUUCUCGCGACUCAAAUUUGCCGGACAAUCUUCAUCAAAUUUCUGUUGCAGUAUGAUGUAGAGCUUGCGCAGAAAGAGACUUUCCCAUAUGGAUUUACGAGUGGCCCAGUCUAUUUACCUAAUCCAUCAGUAACGAUGCGGAUUCGUCCGAGAAGUGACGGGAAGUAA